CACCUCUUCGUCAGAUCGACUUCCUCUAGCUUGCUCGCUCCCUCGCCGCCAAUCAACCUCCGUACAGUCCCACGAAUCGGCCAUGGAUGAGGACUUCGAUAUGCCGAUGCCCUCCGGCGAGGACAUGAUGGACGAAGGCAUGAUGGAUCUCCCUGACGACGGCCCUGUCCUCAAAGUCGGGGAGGAGAAGGAGAUCGGGAAAGAGGGGCUCAAGAAGAAGCUUGUCAAGGAGGGGGAAGGCUGGGACAUGCCCGAGGUCGGAGACGAGGUUGAAGUGCACUACACUGGGACUCUGCUCGACGGGACUAAGUUUGAUUCCAGCCGCGAUAGGGAUACACCCUUCAAGUUCAAGCUCGGCCAAGGUCAAGUAAUAAAGGGAUGGGAUCAAGGAAUUAAGACCAUGAAGAAGGGUGAAAAUGCCAUCUUCACCAUCCCUCCGGAUUUGGCCUAUGGUGAAUCUGGUUCUCCACCGACUAUCCCACCUAAUGCUACUCUCCAAUUUGAUGUUGAGCUAUUAUCUUGGUCUAGCGUUAAGGACAUUAGUAAAGAUGGAGGGAUAAUCAAGAAAAUCCUGAAGGAAGGAGUGAAAUUUGAGAACCCAAAAGAUUUAGAUGAAGUACUUGUGAACUAUGAAGCAAGGCUUGAAGAUGGAACUGUAGUUUCAAAGUCUGAAGGAGUUGAGUUCACAGUUAAAGACGGUUACUUCAUUCCUGCAUUUUCUAAAGCUGUGAAGACCAUGAAGAAAGCUGAAAAAGUUCUCCUCACGGUAAAAUCGCAAUAUGCAUUUGGUGAGAAGGGUAGGCCAGCUGCUGGCAAUGAGGGUGCGGUGCCACCAAAUGCCACCCUUCAGGUUGAGCUUGAAUUAGUCUCGUGGAAGGCUGUUACUGAAAUAGGAAAUGAUAAGAAGAUACUGAAAAAGAUUCUCAAGGAAGGAGAAGGUUAUGAACGACCAAAUGAUGGAGCAGUAGUCAAAGUGAAAUUUAUUGGUAAGCUACAAGAUGGAACAGUCUUUGUGAAGAAGGGGCAUGAUGACCAGGAACCUUUUGAGUUCAAGAUUGAUGAAGAACAAGUGAUCGAGGGUCUUGACCAAGCUGCAGCAACCAUGAAGAAGGGAGAAGUUGCCCUGGUUACCAUCCCACCUGAAUAUGCAUAUGGCUCCACUGAAUCGAAGCAGGAACUAGCUGUGGUUCCUGCCAACAGCACUGUCUAUUUUGAAGUGGAAAUGGCCUCCUUCGUCAAGGACAAGGAAUCAUGGGACCUCACUAGCAAUCAAGAGAAAAUUGAUGCAGCUGCGAAGAAGAAAGAGGAAGGAAAUGCACUAUUCAAAUCUGGGAAAUAUGCUCGAGCUUCAAAGAGAUAUGAAAAGGCAUCAAAGUUCAUAGAUUACGACAACAAUUUCUCAGAGGAGGAACAAAAACAAUCUAAAGCACUCAAGGCGGCAUGCAACCUGAACAAUGCAGCUUGCAAGCUGAAGCUCAAAGACUACAAUGAGGCAGUAAAGCUUUGCACCAAGGUGCUAGAGAUCGAUAGCAGAAACGUGAAAGCUCUAUAUAGAAGAGCACAAGCUUACAUUCAACUCUCCGAUUUGGACUUGGCGGAGUUGGACAUUAAGAAGGCACUUGAAAUUGAUCCAGAUAACAGAGAAGUGAAGCUGGAAUAUAAAGUGUUGAAGGAGAAAGUCCGGGAGUACAACAAGAGAGAUGCCCAGUUUUAUGGGAACAUGUUUGCUAAGCUGAGCAAAUUGGAGGCCCCAGAAGCAAACAAGACUGCAUCGAAGCAGGGGACAGGAGCCAUGAUCAUUGACAGUGCAGCCUGAGAAUUCAGCUGAUUGAUUUUUAAAUGUACUGUUUCUACUUUUUUUUUUCAUCUGCAAUGCUGUCGUUCUGGUGAUUUCUGAUUCAGAGGUCUCUCUCUUUUUGUUUCUGAUCCAGCACUUUAUUAUUGGCUGAGUGAUAAUAAUAUAACGUGUGAUUUUAAUGCA